CAACACAAUCACUUCUGCCUCAUCAACAACCAGACAUGCAUCCUCCCGUGCUGUUUCUCUUGUUUUGCCUCGGCCUUGCGGUCGCCCAGCACAAUCAACCGUAUCAAGUGACUACACCGGUACCUAUUUUAAAACAAAUAAACAAACACAACGAGGACGGUAGCUACAGUUAUGGCUUUGAAGCAGCAGACGGCUCGUAUAAAAUCGAAUCGAAAUAUCCGACCGGCGAGGUUUACGGCAAGUACGGCUUUGUGGAUGACUCCGGAAAUUUACGUGAGAUCGAAUACGGCGCGUCCAGACGCGGCUUCGAGCCGGUCGGUCCUGGGAUAAACGUGCCCCCGCCAACCUUGACCGGCAACAGCAUCGCCGGCGCUGGGAACGAGCCCGAGGAUGACGGACAAUACCGCGAAGACCCGUCGAUUUAUCAUACCGAUCUGCGUUACACCAACGGAGAACGUUACGAAUCAGCGCCUAAACACAGGCAGCAACCGAUCACCUACAAUCCGCCGCAGCAGAUCGCGCCGGCACCGGUACCGGUAGCUUACAAUCAAUUAAGAUAUAACGCGCCCGUCAAUUACCAGCCGGCGACGGUAAGCCCGCGGAUCCAGUCGGAAUAUCGACCACAGUAUCGAUCGCAGUAUCAACCACAAUAUCAAGGUCAGCAGUUGCAAUCCACGUAUCCUUCACCUGCGAUUCCAGCCGGUCCCCAAGGACAUGCCGCGAGCAGUAUCGACGUCAACGCCGGUUUAGCAUCUUACACAGUUAAUUACAAACGAUAAGAAGAGAAAGAGAAAAUUGUGUCGUAUGUACAUAUGUCAUCGGUAAUUGAUAUUUUAAGAUUGUUAUUGUGUAAACGUUCAUUUAAUUAUUAAUAUUAUUAUCCGAAUGUUUCGGUAACAGAUUAAUUUUUCAUGUUAAUUCAGCGAUAGAUAAUGGCACAGUUGCAUUAGUAGAUAUCUAUGAUUAGUUUAAUUGUAUUUUGGGUUGUACUUAUCUUUCAUCCUCGCGAGUUUCGAAUGAGACAAUACUUUCUACCUCUAUUUUCUGACGUUUUCUCUACCUCUUUUGCUUCAAGAGAGUUUUUAUCUCUCUUAAUUAAUUAAAAAAUUAUAACUCUUCUAUAAUUUAUUUAUCUUUAAUUUCAACUUGCAUAUGUCUAUUUUUUUUUCUCUUUUUCACUUGCAAUGACACACAUCAGCAAUUUAUGUGGCGUUUGUGCCUAUAUACGAAAGACCUUCUAGCAUUAUGUUUUCACCCGCGUUGCGUUCAAUAAGUAAUUUGAGAUUCGUCAAGAGAUCGACAUAUUGCAAUCUUAUUUAUAUAUUUAAAUACAUGUAUCAUAUAUGUAUACGUAUGACACACAAACAUAUCAUGCAAUGUUAAGCAAGACAAAUCUGUAAAUAGAAUACAAUCUACGAUCUAAGAUCAAUAACGGAUUUGACGAUUUGAAGAACACGUCAUUGAACGAUUUACAUUGGCCUUGUAAUAAUAUUGAGCAAUAUAUAUAAGCGAAUAAUCUUUAAUCACAUCGCAAGUACUUGACAAUAAAUUUCAGUUGCAUGUGCCAAGUGCAUACAGCGUCAACGGAGCUCCCUAGGUUCUCUUAUUUAAUAGUUGAAAACGCAGUUAACAUUUUUUCCCCUGCGUACAAGGAACGCCAUCAGGUUAUACUUGACACACCCAAGAAUUUUAUCGUUGUGUAACUCUUAAAGACACCCGUACGUACCUUCGUAGUCAGUCCUUUCGAUUGUGCGCUUAAUAAAAAUCUGCAUGCAUCGUGACGAACCAAAUUUUCGCCAUCCGAGAAACUUUACUAUCCGCAUUUUUUUGAAAUUUUUUCUUUCUUUCAGUGAUUUUAAUUUUUUUUUAAUUGUUUAUCGAUUAUCGAUUGUUAAUCUGAUUUUUACAUUUAUCAUAACAGCAUUUCGUCAUUACAGAAAAAUAUAUUUCGCAUUUGUGUGUAUGAAAUUAUAGAAUUAUAGAAGCUUUUAAUUACAAAAUUAUAGAAACUUUUAAU